UAAAGAGUCGCUUCGUUCGUUACUGUCACAACUGUACUGCUGAUGCCCCGGAGAGCACAGCAACAAAACAACACGCUCAUUCAGUCGCUGUCUGGAAUUAAUGGGGCUUUUUUAGCUUCUUAAUACGACUCGGACCGUGACCGCUAGUCGUCUGUGUCGGUGCAGCAUAUUAUCUCUAUAUAAAACAUAUAAAACCGCCUUUGUUUUUGGACCGCGUAGCCAAGGUGGACUUGGGCCGGAAUGGCGGCUAGCCGGCUAGCUUCAAUGCACCUUUAACCUCUUGUGUGGAUUUGCACUUAAGUACCCAUAGUGUGGCUAAUUCUUACUUUAGCCAUACAUAUUUCGUUCCAAUUUUCCAAUGAAAAGCUUAUUAGCAACUUUUAACAGCAGCGCCUCGUUAGCUUUCUUGGCAUCCGAGAAUGGGGCUCUUUGGGCGGCCGUAGCGCUCACUCGAUGCCGCGGUUCGAUAUGGGCCCAGCCAAUGAAUUAAGGUCACCACGCUAAUGCUAGCUUUACUAUAUACUAAACGUAAUUUUUGUUGAGUCCUCCAUCAAAUUACGUCUUGCGAUUUAUUAAUCUUCGUUAAUUAAUGUAAAUAAUGCUGUUUUGUCAGCUAGCUGCUAGCUAGCAUUACAUAUCCACCUCUUGACAUUCUACUGAGUUUCCCACCACAAAAGUGGAUACGCAAGUUAAUCUUUACGUCGGUGUUGUAAAAUUAUGAAAAGAAAAUUAAACGACUGAUCCCACAUGACUUGUUGGGAGUCGCCAGUCUGCUGUGCGCUACUCAAGCUAACCUUUUCAACAAGCCCUUUCUUGGACAUGUUCAAGUUUAAGCAGCGUUUUGUUUUCCUUUUACUGACUUGCAAAGCGUCGUGACAGAUGUGGACAAGCCUCACAAGAGUGCCGAAGGAAAAAUGAGCAGGUUCGUGUUGUGAAAGUGCAGAAGAAAGUUGAGCUAACAGCUCUUUGCAAGAGGAACAUGGCCAUAACGAGGGGACAGCAGCAGAUAAAUGACUGAAGACAUGAGUCUCCGCCAGCCUACUUCCACCCUUGACAGCCCCUUCGCCGCUUGGCUGAGCAGUCUGAGCGUCGGGGACUCUGAACGGAAGUCCGGUCAGCAGAGGGACCCGCAGGUCGACCCUGCCAAUGAGAGCGCAGGCACUGGACUGGUCCAGAGAUGUGUGGUGGUGCAGAAGGACCAGCUGGGAUUCGGUUUCACCGUUUGCGGAGAGCGGGUAAAGCUGGUGCAGAAUGUGCGAGCAGGCGGUGCAGCCGUCAAGGCCGGAGUCCAGGAAGGAGACAGAAUCAUAAAGGUGAACGGCUCGCUGGUGUCCUCCAUGUCCCAUCAGGAGGUAGUGAAGCUCAUCAAAUCUGGACCAUAUGUAGCGCUCACGCUACAAGGUCCGCCCCCUUCACUGUGCUCCUUCCCCGCUGAUCCCACCUCUAAUCUAAGAAGUACUGCUGGCGGGGAGGCUCCGCCCCCACCAUCUUCGGGGUCAGGACUGAUCACUGGACCCAAACCACUACAGGACCCGGAGGUGCAGAAGCACGCCUCUCAGAUACUCAGGAAGAUGCUACACCAGGAAGAAAUGGAGCUGCAGGCCUUAAUGGAGGAGCGCUCGCGGAACCCGUCGCCAUCACUCGAAGAGCGAAUUGAAAGUGCCAAGAGGCGAGCACAGCAAGUGCGCGUCAAGCUUCGGCAGGAUGCGGAGGUAACGCGAUCAGAAAGCGUCACCAAUACUCGCUCGAUCACGCCCGGGGAAGCAGGACGUUUGUCGCUGGACUCGAGUGAGGGUGACCCAGAGACGUGCGAGAGUCCCCACUCAUCACCCUCAUCUUCUUUCCGGAGCUUUCUACACCGACGGCAGAGUUCCGACACGUUCACGUCCGAUUCGAGCGGCAGGGCCCAGAUCAUCGGGCCUGAAGAAGACGAGGACGAAGACGGGUACGCCUUCAACGAGAUGGACGGCCCCUUCCAGGACAUGGAGCUGCUGAAGUCGCGACCCGCCCACAUGACUGUCUUCCUAAGAUAUGUCUUCACACAGCUGCUGGACCCCAACCCGCUGCUCUUCUACUUGUCGGUGGAGGCGUACUUGAGCGCCACGCCCAAAGACGCCCGUUCCCUAGCACCGCAAAUUUGUUCCCACUUCCUCGAUCCAGACGCACCUUUGAAGCUCAAAGUACCAGACGAUUACUUAACUGACAUUGAGAGUCGCUUACACGCUCAGGAGGACAUCCGCGGGCCUCUGUCCGACUUGCAGCAGCAGGUGUUGCCCCACAUCCAGGACCAGCUUCUGGACUACAGGAACAAGCAGAUGAUGGGCCUGGGUGCACUCUUUGGCGAAGGUGACUUAUUGCUGCUGGACGGCGACCCGCUGAAGGAACGUCAGGUGGUGGACAAACAGGUUGCUGCCCUCUGGGAGAUUCUGUGCAAGCACGAAGAGGACAAAAGCUCUCCGCUAGCGUCGGCGAUGCUCCUGUACCUGCGUCACGCAGGGAUCAAGCUGCGAGACUCCAAGGGGUUCCCCGGUUUGAGCAUGGACAAGGAAAAGUGGCUGACUUUCCUCAAGGCCAAAAAGCCAAGCAGCACCAAGAAGGAGAAAGACGGUGAGGACAAGAAACGGAACCCCAUCCUGAAGUACAUGGGGAAGUCUCGAAGCACAUCUCAGUCCACAUUCCAUGUCCCGUUGUCCCCCGCCGAAGUGCGUUCAGGAAGCGUAAGGAACAUCAUUCAACAGUUUGAGAACCAUUCCGAGAUCGGGGGCGAUGACGGUGGCGAUCCGCAAGGGGAAGACGUAGUGAGCAGUCCGGCUACAUGUGUGCGUCUAGCGCGCAGCGAGUCUCUCAAGGCUCAGGGAGAAGGUCGACGGCGCGGGAUGGCGGCAUGCGGCGAGUCGGUUCCCCGCUCCCGCAGCGACGUGGACAUGGAGGACCCCGGCGAAGAGCGGGAAGGGCCGGGCCUCAGACUGCAACACAGCGCCUCGUCGUCAGCGUCCGGAAGCUCGGCCAGGUCCCUAGAGAACCCCACGCCACCAUACACGCCGCGAUCCAUCCGCAGAAGCAUGGAGUCGCCGUCGACCCCGUUACCGGACUCGGGCGCCCCCGAGGAGGAGUCAUGCGAGCGUCAGAACUGGCAGGAGACGGUGCCACCUCAACUCUUGGCCACACUCAACCCAAGGGAGGUGGAGCGCCAGGCGGUCAUAUACGAGCUUUUCACCACCGAGGCAUCGCACCUGCGUACGCUGCGAGUCCUGGACCAGGGUUUCUUCCAAAAGAUGAAAACUGUGCUAACACCAGAGGAGCUAUCCUGCGUCUUUCCUAACCUGCCUCAAGUCCACGAACUACAUGCCAGUCUCUGCGAGGCCAUGAGAAAGCGGAGAGAGUCAGUCAUCGUUCAAGAAAUCGGCGACGUUAUGCUAGCCAGGUUUGAGGGCGCUGCUGGCGAAGAGUUUCAGGAGCAGGCGUCGCAGUUUUGCAGGCGGCAGUCUCAGGCACUGGAGCUCAUCAAGAACAAACGACGCAAGGACCCCCGCUUCGCCCACAUCGUCCAGGAGUGCGAGGCUAGUCGCCACUGUCGUCGCCUCCAGCUGAGAGAUCUGCUGGUGUCCGAAAUGCAAAGGUUGACCAAGUACCCGCUUCUCCUGGACAACAUCAUCAAGCACACAGAGGUCUCCUCUUUCGACCUUCCGGCCCUCCGGCGGGCUCAGACCUGUUGCCGCGGAAUCUUACAGGCGGUCAACGAGGUGGUCAGGGAGACUGAACACCGCCACCAUCUCAGCCAAUACCAACGAAGGCUGGAUGUUGCUCCGCAGUUUAAGGGUCUGGACCUGAGCACCAAGAAGAUGAUUCACGAGGGUCCGUUGGUCUGGAAAGUCAAGGAAAAGCAGCUUGACAUCCACGCGCUGCUGCUGUCUGACUGCCUACUGCUGCUCCAGCGUGGCCCCGACGAGCGCUUGCUGCUGCGUCACCCGUCACGCUGGCUGGGCGGCGGCGGAGACAGCCCGCUGGUCAAGUUGGACUCACUGGUGGUGCGCUCCGUCGCCACAGACAACAAAGCGCUCUACGUCCUCAGCGCCAUGGAGAGGCAGAUGUACGAGCUGGUGGCCGGGACAGCAUCUGAGAUAAACAUCUGGAAGGACUUUCUGGAAAAGACUAUUGCAUCGGCUGCCGGCGCGACGGCCACAGUUUCCCCAAGUCUUGGUGCUCCGUCCCCGGUGGUGGACUCCAGCCCCGUUUAUUCAGAAAGCGCCGCCGGGGAGCAGACCCACGCUGCCGCUGGUGACCAAUCUUGCGUGUUGUACUUGGAAAAAGGGCACCGUGUUGGUGUGGCGGAGGCGGCUUUGCAGGACGUGGAAACGCUGCGGCAACUCCUCCUACUCGAACCAGAUGACGACGGAUGCCGUUAUAGUUUCCAAGAUGAAAGCCUCAACCCUUGGAAGGCGGAGUCGUCCUCUUCUUACUCAGCCUUCGAAGGAAUCAACGACAACGUCAAGCACGGUAACCUCUUGUACCUGGUGGCGCCCACCCGCCAGGGCGAGAGCACCACCGACCCGACGGACGACGCCACCGGGGACCCGUCGGAGGAGGCGGCGAGGCAGAGUCACGUGAUCAAAAACGUGGAGGAAAUCUUCCAUACCAUCGAGAACUUGACAGGGAAGCUGCGUCGGCUGAAGGACAUGGAGGGGGAGCAUCAAAAACUGCUGACGUCGCUCCACGGGGACGUGGAAGCGUGCGCGCCAUACCGGGUCUCGGCGGAGGGGGCGGAACUCUCUGCCCAAAAGGAAGGAUGCCCCGCCCAGCCCAGGAUUCAGUCUACUGGAUUGUGAAAACCACUCGGAGCAAAACCUCCGAUCACGCAGCACUUUAGCCACAAUGCAGACCCCGCCCCCCCUUUCCCCGCUUUAAGCCGACUGACUGUGUUUAGCACGUCUUAGACCAGAGGUUCUCAAACCGGGGUCUCCGGGCGUCAGCAAACCUUAUCUCGCAGGUUUGCCGAACGAUUUGCAAUAAGUUAUUUGAUGUAAUUUAGUAAAGAAGAGCAUACCUACUGUACACGCGAGGCCCGAACCCCAAAAGUUAGAGAAGGCCUGUCUUAGGCCACACCCACUACUGAGCUGGGAAACGAGCGGUGCGAAGAUCUGCUAAGCUUCCCAUUAAAUCAAUUUUUGUUUUAUUGUCGUGGAAUCGCACAGAAAAGCCGCACCUACUUCCUGGCGGAGGAAUGCUACCAAAGUCGAAACACCACGGCGAGCGUUCUGGCAUAAUGUUUCUAAAGGUGUUGCACAAAUGAAGCCACUGUAAGUUGUCAUGUUCCCUGUGUUUGUGACAUUAAAAUCACACAAUCAA